UAGCCCAACCUCAAUUAAUUACCAUUGAAUGUCUCAAAAGUCACGCCCAUCAAAUAAAUUUAUUUGCAGACAAAUAUCCUAAUUGAAAUACAUACAAUAAAUGUAAUUUUAGUAGUGAUGUAUUUAGUUUAGUCCAAACAGGAAUUACUUAUUUUGCAGUUUGUUUAUCUAGGAAUUGUUAAGAACAAAAAUAAGGGAAUGGAGAAUUAUGAGGAAGUGAAGAAUAUUGGGGAUGGAAAUUUUGCAAUUGUAAAGCUUUUACGCCACAAAGAGACUAAAGCCCUCUUUGCCGUCAAAUACAUCUCAAGAGAUCAAACGAUUGAUGAAAGGGUGGAAAGGGAAAUCAUAAACCAUAGAUCUCUUCAUCAUCCAAAUAUUAUUCAGUUCAAGGAGGUGAUUUUGACUCCAACACAUAUUGCAAUAGUUAUGGAGUAUGCAGCUAAUGGUGAUUUAUUUGAUUAUGUUUGUAAUCAGGGUAAAUUAAGUGAAGAUGAGGCUCGGUAUUUCUUCCAACAACUCAUUUCAGGGGUUAGUCAUUGUCAUGACAUGGAAAUAUGUCACCGAGACUUAAAGUUUGAGAACACAUUAUUGGAUGGAAGGCGUAUUAAAAUUUGUGAUUUUGGCUAUUCUAAGUCACGUCUACUACAUUCGAGGCCCAAUUCAAGGAUAGGAACUCUAUCCUAUAUUGCACCAGAGAUUUUUUCUUGUAAGGAAUACGAUGGAAAGUUAGCAGAUGUUUGGUCAUGUGGAGUGAUACUUUAUAUAAUGCUAGUGGGAGAAUUGCCAUUUGGGGACCAAAAGGAUUUGAAAAAUCCCCAGAAAACCGUAAAUCAAAUUAUGCUUGCUCAAUACAAGAUUCCAAACACCAUUCAUAUAUCUCAAGAUUGUAGAAAUCUAAUAUCUCGCAUUUUUGUGGCAAAUCCGGUGAAAAGAAUCACCAUGAGAGAAAUUAAGUCCCACGCAUGGUUUUUAAAGGACUUGCCUAAGGAAUCAACAAAAGGGGGUCAAGAUGUGUACUACUCUUCUCUUCAAACUAUAGAAGAGAUUAUGAACAUUCUUGAUGAGGCUAAAAAUCUACCAGAAACUUCUAGUAGAGAUCAAUUGGAGGAUUUAGCUGAGGCUUUAAAGAAGAUGUAACUGAACAAGAAGGCAUAGACUACAUUUGGCAAGUAAAAAAAAAAACGAGUUUAUAAUUUAUAAACUAUAAAUUUUGUUUGAUAACACUCAUUUAUAAUUCAUAAUUUAUAGUAUUUUUCGAUAA